AUCAACGAUCGAUUUCGUUCCAUGCUCGGUAACGUUAAAUGUAGAACAUUGGGUGCUUUUGUUUAUAGUUACCUAUCAUUAAUAUUCAGAUUAUGAAUUCCGUUAAGUGCCAAUCAGAUUGUUAUCACUAAAACCAUAUCUUACUGCUUUCAAAUGUAGUUAACGUCAUUAUAUAUUACUUUUUCUUAUCGACAUGUAAAAUCUCAGGAUGUUACUAUACAAUUUUAAGUGGUGUUACGCAAUAUUUUGAUUUUCUUCCAAUCCUAACCUUCUUUUUAAAAAUCUUUGAAUCUAUGACUCGCAUACCAUACCGAUACUACAACUUACACAUGUCAAAAAUAAGAGCAAACCCAGCAUCCCAGUUUUCCUCUUCCCACAACAGGUGGACCGAACCUACAUGAAUCAUGACCCCAGUUUGAUUCCUUCAUGAUGAAAAAUUGAUUUGUUCUUGCAUUAAAAGAGUGCAUGAGCACAAUACAGUCCAGGUUGUUUAUGUAAUUAGUCCACAACUAUACUCUUUAAAACUUACACGUAAACUCUAAUUUUCAGGAGUCUUUUUAAGGCCCACUCUGAAAUAAUAUGCCAACUACACUUUCUUUACAACACAACUUCCGUUACACAAAGACAUGUCAAUUAUAACUCAAUAUGAAGAGAAACCAAAACCGUUUUGUUUUGGUCUAGGAUUUCUCCAAAAACCGGUUUAAAUCGAGUUUUUUUUUAACACUGGUCAAAUCUCAAAUACAUCAUCAUAUAAUCUCUGAUCAUUUAGAUAUGAUUAUCAACUAUGUAUAACACAUGUGAUAUUGAUGAAUAAUAUUUCCACUAUACACUUUAAUUCUCCCUGUAAGAUUUGGAUCGACGUACGAUUAUGAAUGUACAACAUUAGAUGUGAAUUUUUUAGUCCAGCUUAAAUCUAGUUUCCUCUUUCCAGAUUAUUUUUGUAACCAUAAAACCAAUGUUUGGUUUGGGAUGUUUUGAUAAAAUAUUAAGAAGAAAACUUUAUUUUAUUUUUCAAGAUGCUAGAAAAUAACCAAAUCCAAGCAUUGACUCUUUAUCCAAUGUCAUACCCUUUGUCUAUAACUGUUCCUCACCAUUCACUGAUAGAAAGAUAACCUUUUAUUACGUGAUUCUGAAUUCCACAUAGGUAGAGAUAGAGAGAGAACAAAUAAAAGUUUAAAUUAAAUUUUAUCUCCAUGGCUGCUGAGAAGAAGAAACACUUACGUGAGCUUCUUGAAGAUGACCAAGAACCUUUUCAUCUCAACCAUUACAUAGCCGACCUUCGAUCACAGAUGGGUUACUCCGAUUUGCGUGUCAAGAAACUAAAGCCCCAAAACGCAGCCGUUCUACCUCCUGGUUUCUUCACAUGCGGCGAGAGCUCUUGUUUCUUGGCAACUCAUCAUACUAAUAAAUCUCCUCUCUUUGAACUCCGGUCGCCGUCGAAGAAGGAAUCUAGUGACGGUCAAGUUUUCCUUCGUAUUCCUGCGAGAACCGCCGCAAUUCUACUAGAAGCGGCGACGAGGAUACAGAAGCAGCAGUCAGAGAAGGCUAACAAGACUAACAACAGAGGAAACGCGUUUGGGUUGUUCGGGUCCGUUUUGAAGCGGUUGACAAACCGUAAAGCAAAACCGCGUUCGGAUAACGCUGAUAAGUGCUUUUGUGAGAGCCCUUUUCAUUUCGUUCUCCAUGCAACUCCUUCUACUUCCAGUCAACAGACUCCACAGUUCACGUCGACGGCUACUUCUCCGGCACGACGUAGUACAGAGGAUGAAGAUAGCGAUGAGACAGAGAGCUUAGAGAAAGUGAGAGGACAAGACGAAGAAGAUAAAGAAGAGGAAGACAAGGAACAAUGUAGCCCUGUUUCUGUACUUGACCCUCUUGAGAAAGAAGAGGACCACCACCAACGAGAGGUGCCUGACCAUCUCAAUCUCCUCUCGUGCAGCUUUGAAGUUGUACAACGGACGAAAAGGCGGCGGCUACUCAAGAAGCUUUGUAGAUUCGAGAAGUUGGCAGGGAUGGACCCAGUAGACCUCGAAGGGAAGAUGUCAGAAGAACAAGAAGAAGAGAAUGAGGAGAGCGUGGAAGACGAUAACAUGAGGGUUUAUGAUUUGGCUGAAGAAUAUGAGGACAUGGAUGAAGCCAUGGCACGAGAGAGCGGAUGGGUGGAAGAGGAGAGGACGAAGAAGUGGAGGAUGAUGAAUGCAUGGAGGCUAGGAAUGGGUGCGGAGGAAGCCGCGGAGGCGGUGGUGCAGAAAGAUAUAAGAGGGGAGGCCGGAGAAUGGACAAGACACGGUGGAGAAGUGGAGGAGGCUGUGUCGGAAAUCGAGCUCUCUAUCUUCAUCUUCUUGAUUGAUGAAUUUUCCCACGAACUUGUCUCCUCCUUCAUGAACGAAUAAUGAAUUUUAUUAGAGAAAGGAAAGUUACUAGAUUUCUAGA